AUGGCUCAGGCGCGACCUUCAGUGCCAGGGCGUAGGACCUCAGCCCAAAUGUUUGAGAGCAAACUCAGCCAACAACUAUCACAGCCACAAGAAUCGCCAGAUCUGCAACUCCAACCCACGACGCGCUCUUCGCGCUCGUUAUCUGAUGCGUCCAAACCCACCACCCAGCCCUCCACUGGGGAUCUGAGCCGUCCAUCAAGCAAAGACGAUGGGACCCCUGCUCUUCCUGCAACCCCAAGACGCUCAAGUGUGUCACAUCCUAGUCUCUCGCUAAAUUUGUCUUCCAAAACCGCCACGUCGCCAUCUCUGAAUCGCGCCCCUCUAUCGCCCAAACUAGAUUCCUCACAAAUCUACGGAUCUCCAGGAUCAGUUCUGCCGCGCCGAUCUCGCGGCCUCGACUUUUCUCGUGCCUGUACCAAUCUUCACCAUUCUACUCUCGCCGAAUCCUCCCCGGACUCGUCUCCAACCGUAGGAGGGCGGGGUAUGGCAAUUCCCCAACGGCGGGGAUCGCCUGGCGCGACCUCCGUUCCUCCAUUCUCGACAUCAAUUCCAGCAGAUCGUGCGACGAUUUCGAGUUCUAUGUCGAGUGUGAACAUGAUGGAAUCAGACACCAGUAGUAGCGAAGAGGAGGAUGAAGCGAUGGGGGAUCGUGACGACAUAAUGCUGAAUACGCCACAAGCAACACGCAUGGGAAAUGCCCCCAACUCAUUUUCUACCAAUAUUCAAAGUCCAGGCAAUGAGUGGAUGGGAGGGUAUUCACAAGCUGCUGCUAGUUUGAUGAGUUUCCAGCGUGCUCGUUUUCGCAAGGGUCGCAGUCGACAUAGCUCAAGCAGCGCAAGUGGGAACAGCUCGAAACCUAGUCCAACGCCGCACUCUCCUCCAAUCAUGAAGAGUGUCGAGCACGCUGCGGGUUAUUUCGCUCCUCGACAAAAUCCGCAUGCGCGCAGAGAAUCUCUCAGUCUAGGCACUCGUGACUUGCGUUUGUCCGAUAUGAGCGACGACGGCGAAAGUCGUACGACACGUGGUGGAAGCCCGGUUCCUGCCUCUCAUUCAGAGGGUGGUGGACCACUGGGGGUUAUUCGACGUGCGGUGACUCGUCGUGGAAGUCUUCUACCCAAAACCAAAACAUUUGCGCGCAUCCGCGCCGCUUUGAUGGAGGAGGGUGCUCCCGUUGACAGUGACAUGAAAAGAGAGGCAGAAGUAGUCCGGCAGGUCCGGGACACUGAGCCUGAAACAACCCCCGGACUGGGAGAGUUCCCAUCGUUAGAGCCGUCUGCUCCGUUCGAUGGGGACCCAUCUGAUGAUACCCCCGUCAAAGCUGCAAUCGAUACACCAUCCAAGGGCAGUUUCAGCAAACAAGCCACUCGCAACUCUGGUGGCCUUGAGUUCUGGAACUCCUUCGAUGAGCGAUACCGAACCCCUCCUCCUCUACGCCAGGGUGCUCCGUCUAUUGCAGACGAUGAGAUGUCUCUGGAUAUGACCCCAUCCACCACGGUUGGUUCCACCGCUGCCGACUCGUCCAAACCUCGUUCUCGAUCUUCUACUCCACAUCCGCAGGGGAUGGCAGCCAUUGGCGAGAUUUGUCGUAAGCGACGCCGUGACGAUGAUUUCGACCCCAAUCUUUUCAAGCGCCGGGCUGUGUCACCCAGUGUGAGCGCGCAUAGCAGCCCGGUGAUGACCCAUACCCACAAUGUAAACAUCGACGCCGGACCAAACAUCUGGGGUCCACCUCCCAAGCCAGGACUCGGAGCCCCUUUCUCUGAGCGGGAAUCUGGCAAUCGAAUGACUCCUCACGGGGCGAAACGCAUCGGUCUACAGGGAAUGACCGAGGCGAGCGAUGGAUUUAUGAACAUGAGCAUUGAUUGA